CACACACAGCGCAAACUCCCAUUAGCCAGCCAGCUAACGUCAGGCUGCUCCCUAUAAACUAAGUUUGUUACCAGCAAGAAGCAAAAAGGAGGAUUUUACGGGGCUGUUGUUCGCCACACAGGUGGAGGCCACCAGACGAGAGCUGUGGCAAAUCGCUGGUUGUGUGAUCCCCGAGGAGCAUGAGUCAUGACCUCAGUGGUUCUGGUCGACACUGGUGGGACAGUGGUGGAGUAUGUCACAGCAGAAGAGGACCUCCAGCAGCAGGAGGGAGAGUAUGAGGUGGAUCUGGAGCUGGAAGGAGAGGUGGAAGGCGAGUGUGAAGCUGAGGAGGCCUAUGAGGAGGUACAUGACAGAGAGGAGGCUGAGGACUACCCAGCAGUCAUAGUGGAGGAGGUACCUGGUGCGAGCCUGAUCGAAGAGCAAAGUUACUCAGCCCAGGUGUUGGUGUACGAUGACGAGGCGUACCUGAUGCAGGAAGUGGGUGAUGAGCAGGAGGUGGAGACAGAAGGGGAUGCAGUGGAGGCUUCUGUCCAUGGCACUAGUGUCCACUGCUCUGACAAGACCAUUGAGGCAGCAGAGGCUUUGCUACGCAUGGAUUCACCGUCCAGCCUCAGAGAGGACCGUAGUCCAGAAGCUUUUAUCCCACCAUGCGUAGCAACGCCAGACUUCCUUCACGCUGCCAUGCGUCCCGACAUGAUUGCAGAGACAGAGGUCGAGAUAUCGACAGAGGACUGCUGCGAAGAGGAAGAUGAGGAGAUGGUCACUCUGUUGGAGGAUCCAGAACCAGAACCUGACCACGGGCCUGUCAGGAAGAGGAAAGCUGGACGGAAGCCAAAGACACAUCAGUCAGCUCUUUCCAACAGCUCACCAGACCUUGGCAUCAAGAAGAAACCAAGAGAAGGAAAAGCAGGGAGCACCACCUACCUAUGGGAGUUCUUGCUGGACCUCCUCCAGGACAAGAACACCUGUCCCAGGUACAUCAAGUGGACACAGAGGGAGAAGGGCAUCUUCAAACUGGUUGACUCAAAGGCCGUGUCCAAGCUUUGGGGCAAACACAAGAACAAGCCAGACAUGAACUAUGAGACCAUGGGACGGGCACUCAGAUAUUACUACCAGCGUGGCAUCCUUGCCAAAGUAGAGGGCCAGCGGCUGGUUUAUCAGUUCAAAGAGAUGCCCAAAAACAUCGUCAUCAUCGACGACGACAAGGCGGACAUGACUGCCGCUGAUGAUCUGAUCGGCUCAGACACGGCUGCAUCCUAUGAGCGUGUGCCGCCGCCGCCAGACAUGCUGCUCCAGGUGACCGAGCUCUCGUCCCCCAAGAAGCCCAACAUCCUGCGGAGCGGGAACAGAACCAACGUGGUCCAAGCUCCUGUAGCUACUGGGAGCAAGAUGGUGGCAGCAGGGGUUCCACGGAUAGUGACGGUUUCUGGAGCGCCAGAUGAGAGUCAGACCCAGCAGUCUCACACAGCCAUCAUCCCUACUGCCACUGGGCCCAGGACAGUGCGGGUGGCUAUGCAGGUACCUGUAGUCAUGACAACAUCACUGGGUCAGAAGAUCUCUACAGUUGCUGUGCAGCAGCCGGCAGGAACAACGGGAGCAGCCGGCCACACCACCCUCCUCACCAACACUCCUGCUAUCGGUGCGGCUGCCGGUAACACCAACUCACAACAGAAGGUUGUGAUCCAGACCAUCCCCACAAUGGUCCCAGCCACAGCGGAGAACGGAGACAAGAUCACCGUCCAGCUGGCCAAGAUCAUCACAAUCCCAGCCCACCAGUUAGCUCAGUGUCAGCUCCAGACCUCCACAGGCACAAACAAACCAGGCGUGGGAGCCUCCGCAGGGGGCAUCAGCCUCCUCGGGAGCCCCUUGACCGUCCGGGCCCUAGCUCCUGUUAGCGUUGCCCCAGGAACACAAGUGAUGAGACUCACCGUCCCAACGCAGGCGCAGCAACAAACUCUGAUGGUGUCGCAGCCGGGAAGCAUCGGCAGCGGGGCGGGGGUGGUCACAGUAUCAACAGCCAAUCAGACGUUGACAGCACAGCCUCGCAUCAUCAGCGGCGUCAUUAAUGGCUCAGAGCUGGUGAUAGGAGCGCCAGCAACCACAGGAGUUGCAGUGGAGAAGCUGAAGGCUAUGGGAGUCCAGGUCCAGGCGGUGCAGAUGCCGGUGGCAGUCCAACAGAACCAGGCAAACCCCAAAACUGUCCAAAAUGUUCCAUCAGAGGACGCUGAGGUGGUAAUCAAACUGGAAACGCCUGAUGUGACGAUAAAGACAGAAGAGCCCGAGUGUUGAAUUGCACACAUUUACCAGUACCCAUCUUCUCCCUCUCCGCCAGAGACAGUUAGUUUGUAAAUGUCUGCAGUCAUUUUUACUCUUGUAAUAACCAGCAGCAGUCUAUGAGACUUUAAAGACUCAUGAAGGCCUGUUUUUAGUCCUCAACCUGUCUUCACAUCUUCCCUGUUGCUGCCUAGGACUCGAACAGAACUAAGCCGGUCUCCUUCACAACCACACAGAAACCUCUGACUGUUGUGUUCGGAGCACAAACUGCACCCUGCAACAUAGGAAUACACAAAGACUUCAAAGGGAGUUGUCGGGAAAGGCAAAGGGACCAACCUUGAUCACUACAAUUUAUGCCUCCUAAAUGCAUCUGACUCAAAUUGGGGAAAAACCUUGAAAAUAUAUAUAUAUAUAUAUUUAUAUAUAUAUAUAUAUAUAUAUAUAUAUGAAAAAUAAAAAAAACUGAAACACUACAAAAGGA